GGAAGUUUUUGGAUUCGAGGGAAAUGAAACUUAUUUCUCCACUACAAGUGAUUCAACCUCUGUAAUAGAUCCACACUGCUGUUCUUUUGGGGCAAAGCUGUAAAGCAAAUCAUAUUUGAGCUGUAUUUCUGUCGAGCCCUUAUUACAGGACAGAGACUGAGAAUCUGUUCAUCUUUGAACACUGCAAAGAAAUGUCUGAAUCUGCAGCGAGUCAGUAUGUGGAUCAGUUCAGCUGUCCAGUCUGUUUGGAUCCUCUGAAGGAGCCGGUGACGAUUCCCUGUGGACACAGUUACUGUAUGAGCUGUAUUACUGACUGCUGGGGCCAGAAGGAGCAGGGGCCGCCGUACCGCUGUCCCCAAUGCAGAGAGAGCUUCAGUCAGAGACCUCUACUGAAGAAGAACACUCUGAUAGCUGAGAUGAUGGAGACGCUGCAGAAGACGUCCCUACAAACGGCUGCUGUGGAGUGUGAUGUUUGCACUACAGAGAAGAACAGAGCUGUAAAGUCCUGUCUGCAGUGCUUGGCCUCCUUCUGUCAAACUCACCUGCAGCCUCACUAUGAAUCUCCUGCGUUUAUGAAGCACAAACUAGUCGAAGCUUCCAGAAACAUUCAGGAGAACAUCUGCCUCAGUCAUGGGAAACCUCUGGAGAUUUACUGUCAGGAUGAUCAUCAAUGCAUUUGUUGUUUGUGUGUGACAGACAAUCACAAAGGACACAGUGUGGUGUCUGUGGAUUCAGAAUGGGCUAGUAAAAAGAAAGAGUUAAAGGAGAUAAAGGAGGAGUGUCAGAAGCUGAUCCAGGAGCGAGAGAGAGGUCAGCGGGAACUCAGUGAAGCUGUGAAGCUUCUUAAAAGUUCAGCUCUAGAGACCAUGGAGGACAUUGAGAAGGUCUUCACUGAGCUCAUCUGCUCUCUUGAGAAGAAACGCUCUGAGAUUAAAGAGCAGAUCAGAGCUCAGGAGAAGACUGAGAUAGAUCGAGCAGAGGAACUUCACAAACAUCUGGAUCAAGAGCUGACAGAACUCAGAAAAAGACAAGCAGAGAUUGAGAAACUUCUGAUUACUGAUGAUCAGGUCAUUUUUCUGAAGAGCUGUCAGACUGUGUGUGUUUUACCCACAUUUGAAGACGUUCCCAUCACUCAACACACUCGUCUGUAUUUUAAAGACAUUUCAAUCUCAGCAUUCAGAGAGGUUUUGGAGGACGUCUAUCAACAGCAAACAGCUAAAAUAUCACAAGAAGUGUCAAAUGUCCGUGUUGCAAAGACCCAAAAUGAUUUUUUGCAGUAUUUCUGUGAACUUCACUUGGAUCCAAACACUGCACACAAUAAACUAGAACUGUCUGAGGACAACAGGAAAAUAUCAUGUACAUAUAAAGACCAACAGUAUCCUUAUCACCCAGAGCGAUUUGAUAGAUAUAUUUAUAUCUUGUGUCGAGAAAGUUUAUGUGAUCGCUGUUACUGGGAGGUCGAGUGCAGUGGGGACAAAUGGGCUGUAGCAGUUUGUUACAAAGGAAUUGGACGUAAAGGAGACAAUAAUGACUACAAACUUGGCUUCAACAAAAUAUCAUGGAAAUUGUCCCACUAUGAACAGAAUAUCUACUUCACACAUGAUAAAUCCCAAGUCUCAAUCCCUGCUGUCUGCUCCUCUAGAAUAGGAGUGUAUCUGGAUCACAGAGCAGGAACUCUGUCCUUCUACAGCGUCUCUGACACAAUGACUCUCCUUCACAGAGUCCAGACCACUUUCACUGAACCCUUAUACCCUGCUUUUUUUACUGGUCAAGGUUCAUCUGUCAGGAUCAUAGAAGAGCAGAAUUUAAAAAUAUAAUUUACAUAAUAUAAUACAUUAAAAUCUACAUGACUAUUUGAUAAAAAUAAAAAAAAAACACUUAAAGGCACAAUAUGUAAGAUUUUUGUAUUAAAAUAUACAAAAAACAAUAGAACAGUGUUAUAUAUUUUGUUGACUUGUGUGCUUACAUUAUCCCAGAUGUUUCCAAGAAUGUUUAAAUCCAGAGAAAUAAGCAAUUUUAACCAGGACAACCAAUGACAUCAUACCCGCGUUACCCUCAAUUUCCCUCGAAAACCAUGGAUAUAUUAAAGAUGCUUUAAUGUAUUAUGUGUUUUAUUAGACAGGUGAGCAACUGUUUGGAUACAUUCAUCGACAGAAAACUAAUCAUGUCAUAUAGCUAAACACAGUAAGUCUUAUUGUUUAAAUCUCGUUUUCUUGAUUUACUGUGAGUGCCAUGUUUUUCCAUGACUAAUAUCGAUCUAUCUUACUGCAACAAGUGUCUCAGAGUAGCCAUCGAGCGAACGCAGAGUAGCACUAUAACAACUUUCAGCACUCAAAUGUAUCUAAUAUGAUAAACAGCGCUGUGUUACCCCACAUACACAUGACCUGAAGAAGCGGAAGUGGCGACUGCGGCGUAAUAAAAGCUCCACUGCUCUCGAGACAAGUGUCGUGCUCGUCUCUCAAUAGAAAUCACUCCAGCGGCCUCGUUCCACUCCAACGGCUUUCAGCCACACCCUGCUUCAUACAGUAAUGUCUUUAAUACAUUAGCUCAUCCAUGAAUAUAAUUUUUGCUCGAGUCCCGUCGGAUUCUUAGACAUGGUUCCGCGAAAUCAAGGCGUCAUCAAGCUACGCAUUUGUUUUGAAUAAGCGACCACUAGCAGCGAAAAACUACAUAUUGUAAUUACAUUAAAAAAUUACAUACAGCCUUUAAAGCCUUUAUGUAUAAUGCAUUAUAAAGGUAUUCAUAAUGUACGUUACAAUGCAUUAUAUCUUUUCAUAAAUUAUUGUAACCAAAGUUAAAAUGCAUUAUAAUAUUUGGAGAUUCUGAAAUUGGUUGUUUAUUGUGUUUUAAUGCAUUAUACUUUCUAAAGGUGUGUUCAAUUAAUAGAUAAGUAUUAUAAUGUAUUAUAAAUUAAAUGAAUUAUACAUAAAGGCUUUAAGUAUUAUGUGUUACCAAAACAAAAACAAUAACAAAUUUACUCAUCAAACAUUAUUUAAAUUCAAUAGUAGUUCUGCAUACUUAAAAUAUAUAUACACAAAACAGUUUACUUAAAGUGUAUUUUUUAGUUUGGUUGAUUAAAGUCAUGUAGUUUCUUAGUUAUCACAAAAAAUGGGUAAAACACCUGUGAAAAAUCACUAGUGAUACUGAAAAGUCCUUCAGUAUAUUGGGCCGUAUUUCUUUACAAUUUGGAUAACUGAGUUGACUUCAGGAUGUGGUAUGACUUUUUGCUUGAUUUUUAUUGUUUCAGAACUACAGUAUCAGGCAGUGUUGACAAAAAGCAGAGGAACAGCUGUGAAACCUUUUCAAAGAGGCGCAGUUUUAACAAAGACUUUCUUUCAGUACAUUGUAGAAAUGUUUGUUUCAGAUUCAUCUUUAUAGUUCUGUUUUUCUUCAGUUUAGUAUGUAAUUAUUGUAAUUUUUAUCGAAUAAAGAGAAAAUCAAAUGAA